CGCGCACCGACGGCCUUCGUUGCCCGCUGUGCAUUUGCUUUCUGCGCAGCAUCUGCCGCGCCGUCUUUUCUUCCCCUCUCCUCUACUUCUUCUAUCUGCAUUCGUCUCCUUCGGAAAGCCCAAGCCGCCGCUCGCGUCCAUGGAUUGCAGCCUGCCCGGGCUGCUGCAUCAUCCACUUCCACGCAGCUUGUCCUGAAACGUUGCUCAGGCAUCGUCCGCCGCGAGCCAUAUUCCGCUCCAGCGUUCAGGCGUGGCCCCCUCCUACAGGCCCUGUCUUUCCAACCACCAACCUAGGGGGUUUCUAUCUUUGGACAAUUUGCCGCGCCUCUGCCCCCCGACCCAGAGACACGUUCCCGCUUGUGGCGUGAAUCUCGCGAGCGUCCUCCAGCAUGGCCUCUUCACCCCGCGACCCUACUCGUCUUCGCCAGGGACUGAACCCUCUGACAACCUCGUCUUUGGGCAAUUUUGGUGCUCAGCACGGCACCCCAAUGUCGGCUGUAUCCAUGGCAUCGUCCCAUGCUACCACGGUUCAGACGCCAGCGAGCUCCAUGCUGCCCUACAAUCCACAGCAAUGGGUAGCGUCGCCGGCCCAAAUGUCUGCUCAGUCGCAGCACUUCCCGCCCGAUAGCUCAGGUUCUGCUGCUGCUGGUAGCGCUCCUCCACCGCCCCCAUACAGCCCGCCGCGAAGCCAACAAGCUCGACCCGUCAGUACAGCUUUUGAGCAUGUCCUGCAACCUCUAUCAACUCCUUCACCACGAUUAUCCGCCGCCAGCUUGGUUCAAAGACCAUCUCCGGAGCCUACCAACUCAUUCCCUCCACCUCCUGGUGUCGGCGGUCGUGGCGCCUCGCGAGAACGCCGCUUUGGCCUUCCUUCACUUACUCGUCGCCGAGAUUCAGACCAGCCAACGGCAUCUCCAGAUAUGCACCCCCUUGCGCCGUACUCUGGACGCAGCUUAGGGCCAGCUGUUGUAGCGACUGCCGAUGUGGAAAAUAUCGUGGCUCCAUCGGCUGUUUACGGACAAUUCGUCCCCCCCAGCUCCCGGCGAGCUGCAUCAACCGGAGCAAUCGACACUCCCACCUCGAAUCGAUCUCGCUCCACCUCUCAAACAAGAUGGGAGCCAGGGAUGCCUCUUCCUCCGCCUCCUCCAGGACCCCCUCCUUCCAGCUCUCGGUCGCAGAGCGUGCAGAGCAUGGAUAGAGGAACUAUACCGAUAAUAUCACCACCGACACGUCGUCGCCCACCGACAGGAGUAACAAAUCUAGGACCAGUACCACCAACCCCGGCAGACUGGGUUGAUUCUGAUACGCAGCCAACUCGGUCAGAGCGGCCACGUUCACCAGGCCUUACAAUCGACACGGACGCUGCUGCAACCGCAACGCAAGUUCCAGAGCCUCUGACUUCUGCGGGUAGUACUGGUAGUCUCAGUCGCGCCGGAGCAGUUCGACACGACAAGACAAUCUUACAACGACGAAGUGAGGGACGUACACAUGCCUCGCAAAACUCGAUCGACACCAUAGCUCGACCCAAUUCUAUUUCAGAUAUUGUCGUUCCCGGACCUUCGAACGGCUUACAGCGCCGCCUCACACUCAACAAAGGGACACCCCGUAGCGCUGGUAAGCAACCAGCAGAUGGACCUCGUACUGGGGACUCGAGUCUUUAUGAAUCUCGCAACUCGACCCCAAGAGGGCCAAGUUCGGCACAGGCGCAACAAUUCGACGUGUCUUCCCCUCAACCCUCACCCUUGGCCAGCAGAACCAAAGACGGCAACGACUCUCAAAACCUGCCUCACAAGGUAUUAUCAACGCCACCUCCUCAAGCCCGACCUGCCUCCAGCUCUGCACAUCGCGAUAGUUCACGACCUCCGCCCGCAGCUCUAAAGCACGCAGCAACCCAGAGUGCCGACCAAUUUGCAUCUAGCACUGUCGAAAGGUUCCGGGCUUUUGCUUUGCAGGAGUCUGCUGCUCAGUCAGAUGCCGAUCGAGUCCGAAUGUUCGCUGACUUUAUUGUGAGUGAAUCACGAAUCCGCCGAGAGAGAUAUUCUACUGCGAUUGGUGCCAUGGGAUCUGAAAUUUUUGAUCUCACUCGUGAUCUUUUCCGGCCAAUGACAAAUUCACGAAGAGAAUCUGCGACAUCUCAGGAACCGUGGACUCCGGGAUCUACGAUUGCAACCCCAUCCCAUCUUGGAUCCGCAGGGCCAAACACGCAAGGUAACAGCUUGCCAAACUCUGCUCCUUCGUCCGCAAAGUUGCCAGCCUCUCCAGGUGGGCCACCUGCUAAUUGGGGAAGUGGUGGUAAUUACAUGCCAGCUCUUUCGCCGAUUCUCAGCAUGAGCGUGAGUGACAAUCACGAUAAUGGAAGCUCUCGUGGGCGUCCGCCAAGCAGAUGGUGGGAAACAGACUCGUCGGGAGACCCCGGUCAGGUGAUGGAACGAUCGAAACGAGAAUCGAAAUACAUGGGACUGCCAAAGGAGCAAUGGAUUUACGAGAGUCACGAUCCGUACGGCGAAGGCACUUCGUCAGCCUAUCCCCCCGAGAAGGUAGGCUGGCAUGAACAGGAAGAGCCUCUCUCCACACCGCAACCGCAACGAUUAUCACACGAAUCUGAAACUGGCCCUAUUAUGACACCAAACGUAACUCAAUAUUUAGACGUCUCUCGCCUCGUUACUAUGCCACCCCCAUAUCCUCGACAUCACCCUGCAGUUAACAAUAAUCACCCCCAACUGAUGCACAUUCGGACUGCGGUUCGAGGUUUGAGCGAACUUGACGAAAUUACUACUGCAAAGGAAACAUUCACCAUUGGAAGCGCCAAACGACGCGAAGAGUUCGCUGCUAGCGCCGCUGAGCGAAAACGAGCUCUCCGAAGCAACCUUCAGAGCGAAAUAGGCUCUGGAAAUAUAGGCUACUCUGACGCUGCGGCAAUUGAGUCAGACUUCCAGCAGCAGGAGAAGGACAAAGUAAAGGAGCUGGAAAAGACCGAAUACGAUCAAUUCCAAAACGAAGUCGUCAUUCCCCUCAACGACAUCUUAACCAAGCGCAUCGCUCGAGCAACCGACCUCUUUGAUGAUACGGCUCGACAACUCUUUUACGAUGGAGAAAAUGACGCCGACAUGCCUCAAGAAGAGGGCGACGACCGACCAGAGCUCCUUGAGAAAUUGACCCUACUUAAAUGGAUAUUUGAAAUGCGAGAGACCCUGCACAGGUCAAUUUAUGACCUGCUGUCUGAUCGAAAUUACCGCUAUAGAGAAGUCGUCCUGACACCGUAUCGUCUAUCCGGCAACAAUGAGAAGUUAGAAUCGGCCAAGGAAUUCUUUGCAGCCGAUGAGGCAACCAGGGAGCAUGGAUUUGCCAAUGAGGUCCUGGAUCGCGCCCGCGAAUUCCGGUCUGUUCUGGAUGAAGCAGUUCAGCGAGGUGUGGCCAUCCAGCUAUCAGCCUUUUGGGAUAUUGCGCCGCCGCUGAGCGAGUUGCUGGAUAGCGUACCGGUCCAUCUGGAUGGGUUUCACGUGCAGAUUCCGCCUUCAGAGUUUGACGAAAAUCCAUCCUAUCUCAAACACCCACUGCAGUACUUGUUUAGUUUACUACUUCAUGGUGAAAAGAGCACGUAUCAGUUUAUCGAAUCGCACACCAAUUUGCUUUGCCUUCUCCACGAGGUCAAAGAGGCAGUUGUGGUCGCUAAAAGCAGAGUCCUCGAAGCUCCGCUACCACAGCAGGAAGGCGUUUCUGAGCCUAUGAGCGAGAGGGCAGCCAAGGCGCUCAAGCUGCGAGAAACUGAAAGCAGGAGGCUGACGGAAGACUUGCAAGAUAAGGUGCGUAUUGUGGAGGAUCAAUGGGUGAGCGCGCUAGGAUCAAGUGUCCAGAGUGUCAAAAGACGUACAAAAGAGUAUCUCCUCGACACUGGGGGCUGGGAUGAAACACUAGAAGAGGUGGAGAUGGCAUAAGUUAAAUUUGUUGAUACCCCCGAUUAUCCCGUACAGAGGUUAUAGCAUAUACGCAGUCAUUUUACAUUAGUUAAGCGACGAAUCUGGAUAUAUCAUCAUCACUGUGUACAACUAGCCUGCUGCAUCGUUUCAUUUCACAUUGAAAACUGGACAGCCUGUAUGCAAAUAUCACUGAAAUAUUUCCAUUAUCAAGAAGAGAAACCCCAGCAAACAGCCUAAUGUACAUUUAUUUUGUGUUGUCGAAAAGUGCCGCCUUUCCUUGGCGCAUUUUCAACCCUCUCCUCGUAUCAUACAGUAUUUGUUUCGUUUGGUAUCUAUACAGUUGUAUUUCCGCUUUUAUUCCUUUUCAGAGUGCAAAUUAGGCAAAUCCAUGCCGACCCUGCGGGCUGUCAAUCGCACACGCUCCGAAUCCGACAUGUCCAUGCCGGGGUUGUAGCGCUCCAGCAGCGUCGCAUACGUGCGCUGCGAGCGAAGGUAUGCAAUAAGCUGCUUCGCAACAGCAGCACUUUCUUCUGUUGUUUCUGUGGUAAAUGACGAGCGAACGCGUGCGUGAAUAGGGGAGCGGGUCGCCGAAGAGCGAAGUGGUCGUGGCGGGAGUUCGCGGAGGAUGGCGCGGUAUAGAGAGCGCAGAUGGGCGGGUGAUGACGUCGAGGCCAUUGUGCAACAGUAAUGUAGAGAUUAUGAGGUAAUAUCGAACAAAGUAUAGGUCGGUAUUUGGUUCAGCCUGUCGGCAAUCAAAUGGGUGGUUUGGCGGUGAUGGAUCUGAGAUGUCGAUGUCACGGGGGAAAAAAUGAUGGCACAAAGGCAGAUCCAUAAGAGAACAGUG